GGUAAAUCGUCAAGACUCUCGGCAUUGGCAUGCUGCUCUAAUUCUUUUCCCCACUUUUACAGAGCAUGUCAACUGGCAGCACAUGCCUCAGCUGACGUUCGGCGGUGUCGGAGGUCAUGCGGGCUCGGGUCCUGGUCCGAGGACUUCCUUGGACCGGGCCGGUCUCGGGGGGGUGCGAGGGAGGAGAACCUAUCCAGAAGUGUUUGAAAAAGACGCACAGCUCAAAGCAACCAUCACAUGAUCUUCAGACACCGCUGACCUCAUCAAACACACAAAUGUGGAGAAAGACAAGGUGGAAGAGCUCAUCAUCCUGCAGAGGAUGCUGCGCGUUCCUCCCAGCAGCUGCAUUGUGGUCUGUUUGCCACACGGGGGCGCCACUUUCCUUAGCAGAUGUGUGUUCGCGAGCGGCACUGCUGUGCCUGUUGUGGGGGAGUCUGGGGGGCUGCGUCUAUGUGCUGCUGCGCUACUUGCGGUCAACCUCGAGACAGGAACCCGCUCCUGUGUUACGAGAGGAAGUUGCCAUUCAAAGCAAGAUGAAGGCCAUUGAGCGGUCAACAAGUUCAAGUGUCCCUAGUCCUCUGGGUCUUGCCUUGGCCGACAGCCUGCUAGUGAGCAUCCUCCAGGAGCCCCUGGCGGACCCGAGCGCCCUUCAUGUGCAGGAUCUCCUUUCCACACUGGAGUCCGUGUCUCACACACUUGAUAGUGUUCACCCGGGGUCGCAGUCCAAGGAGGAGGACUGCUUGCUGACUGAAAAAGUGACGUUCAUUCGAAGCUACCUACGGAAAAGGAGCAGCUCACUGAGGACGUUGCUCCGGAUCCAGGCCAAGUUUGAGGCCGCUGUAAAGGAGCUGGAGGAGGGCGUGGAGCUCCGCUGGGGCAGACUGGAGGAGCUGCACACUGGAGUCACGCUCACGAGAGAGGGCGAUCAAGACCGGGCAGACUUGGCCUCGGCUCACCGGAAUGCCGAGACCUUAUUUGCAGUCUUGAGCCACCACGGGAAGCAACGAGACGACUGCCAAACUCUCCUGAAAGACAACACACAGCUCCUUCAGGAGUUGAUGUGGAGUCACAACCAUGCAGGCAACACACUCAGAGGCUGCAAUAGUGAGUCAGUGUGGCCGGAAUUGCUGCUUCAGUCCAACAUGGAGCGGUUUGAUAAGGUGCAGGAGAGUUUUCUGUCCCUGGAACAGCAGACCGCCACCUUCCAGGCCCACCUGGAGGGACUAGCAAGAGAUAAGGAAGCGGAACACGCCAGCGGAGCCUCCUCGCCGGACCUGAACGGCGGACUCUCCAGUGAAGUUUCCUCGGAGCAACCCGAUUCAGACGGCGAGUCGGACAGUCGCCUCUCCUUGUGUGAGAGGACGGCGCAGCAGUUGUCAUCGACUUUUGAACGCUUCUCUGGAAGAAAGAAGAAAGAAGUGAUCGGACAUUAGAAAGAAGGCUGUGAAAUAUUUGAAAAACAAAACAAACAAAAACACAUGUUGGCCUCUUUGAAGAUUUAUCCAUAGCCAUCAAUGUGAAUGUGAACGGAGUGACACGAGGGAGCGUCACAGUAUUAUUCUGCCGUGCCAUAAAAAAACUCUGAUUUCCAA